GACUACUAUGACUGCCUUGGCGUUGCAUCUGAUGCCAGCCCCGAAGAGAUCAAGCGCGAAUACUACCGCCGCGCGCGCGAGCUACACCCAGAUCGCAAUCCCGACGACGAGGCUGCGAACCAAAACUUUCAGCGGCUGAGCAUGGCUUAUCAGGUGCUCUCAGACCCAAACCUGCGGGCCGCUUAUGAUCGU